UGUGUGUGUGUGUGUGUGAGAGUGUGUGUGAGUGUGUGGAUGGACAGAUUGACAGACAGACAGACAGACAGACUGCUGUUGAUCGACAUGAAACUUGAGAAUGAAGAAGUCAGUAACAGAAUGGGCAAAGUUUCUGUCUCAGAAAUUUCUGAAAUUUUCAGAAAAAGAAUUUCAUUGGGAAGGAUACACUUAAAGCGCACCAGUGCACUCACUCGGGGGAGAAACCACAUCACUGCUCUCACUGUGGGAAGAGUUUUACUCAACACGGUAAUCAAUGUCACCAAUGCAUCCAUAACGAAGGGAAGCUGUAUCAGUGCUCUCAGUGUGGAAAGAGUUUUGCCCAGCAAGAAACACGACAUCCUGUUUAAAGCAUUAAAACCUGGCAUCAUCUGCUUCUGAUCUGCCACCAGGUCCAGGAGAGCUUUUAAUCCUGCAUCACAGACACCAGACAAACCUUCAGCUUCGGUACAGCUACAAAGCUCAGUCUCGUGUUCGGCUCUGUGGGACGUGGUGUCUGGUGGCUUAAACUUUUAGCAACAUGUUUUUAAAUCCUGUACAAGCCUAAAUAAAUAUAAACAUACAACCAAACAGCCAAUAAGCAGCUGUAAAAGCACAUCAUUCAUUUAGCUUUCUGUUUGUAUCACAAAUAAAAAACCUUAAAUAACAAAAUCAGAGUUUCAUAAACACCAUCAGCUCCUGGUUGGUUUCCUUGGUAACGUGUCUGUAAUUAACAGCGUUGUCCAGUAGGCGGUGCUGUGAGCAUUAACGCAGCCGUAACUCACCACAGAAGAAGUCGAGCUGAGGUUUCAUUAUAUUUAUCUGUGUAAACAUUUCUGAGAACCUCAACCCUUUAAUGGAAUCUGCAGAAGAUGAUGUGAGCUCUUUCCCAAGAUCUCUACAUCCUCCUGCUCCUGCUCUCUCACUGCAUCAGGGGGAUGUGCAGACAGAAAGAGAUGGAGGGACAUCGGGGUGUUUGGGAGACAUCACCCAUGUGGACCAUCAGAAACAUGUAAAGAAAGAGGAACCUGAAGAUGAAGGCUAUCUCUGUUGGAUGUCCAGCUCUGCAGGACACAUUAACCCUGUGGACCAACAGAAAAAUAUAAAAAAAGAAGAACCUGAAGAUGAAGACAAUCUCUAUGAAAAGAUAACCAUAGAACAAAUUACCCCUGUGGACCAAAAGAGCAACGGAUUGCAAAGUAAACACGUAAAAGAGGAGGCGUCUGAAGAUGAGGGCUACGUCUGUACAUCAGUCUGUGAAGUGAAAGAUUCCCAGUUUCAAGUCUUCACCUGCUCCUGGUGUUCGCUUUCUUACACAGCUCAAAUGUAUCUCCACAAACAUGUCAGAAGAUGUCACCAUGAACAAUAUAAAGGCCUGAUCAUAUCAGGAGAGAUUAAAUGUGAGAAUUUGAUGCCUGCGUGCAGCUCCAACAUUCAACAAACAAUCUAUCGUAGUGUGAACAGUAACACGUCGAGUGGACUCUGUUCCUGCUCCCGGUGUGGGAAGAGUUUCGACCAACAGAGUAAAAUCCAGCAGCAUCAGUGCCUUCAUGCUGGAGAGAAGCCGUACUGCUGCUCCCAGUGUGGGAAGAGUUUUGUUCGACAGAGUUCGCUGCAACAACAUCAGCACAUUCACACAGGACAGAAGCCGUACAGCUGCUCAGAGUGUGGAAAGAGUUUUAUUCGACACUGCAAUCUCGAGUCACACCGGCGCACUCACACAGGAGAAAGGCCGUUUCUCUGCCCUCAGUGUGGCAAGACAUUUAUAACCAACAGGUAUCUAAAAGCACACCAGGUCAUUCACAAAGGAGAGAAGCCUUAUGACUGCUUGGAAUGUGGAAAGAGUUUUAUUCGACACUCAAACCUCCAAAUACAUCGGCGCAUUCACACGGGAGAAAAGCCGUACUGCUGCACGGAGUGUGGGAAAAGUUUUUCCCAGCAGAGUUCCCUCCAUCAACACCAGCGCAUUCAUAUAGCUGAGAAACCAAUACAGUGUUUGCAGUGCGGACAGAGAUUUACUUAUUCAGGUGCUUUUAAUAUACAUAAAUGCCCCAACGUGGAGCCGUCAGCUUGUGUAGCAUGAAAUAAAUCAAGACGUGUUUUAAGAAAGCUAGUUUAUUUAAACUAGUGAUUUGCUAAGAUGUGUGUAUAUGUGUGUAUUGUAACACAAUUAGUGUAUAUAUACAGUACAUACACUGAGGGAAAAGUAUUCCAGUCCAUAUUGUAUUUUGUAUUAUUAAUGUGAACAGAAUGUAUGUAUUUAUAACUAUAAAGAUAUCUACAAAUCA